GUGAUGAUGCCUUCUCUCGAAACAAAAAGAGAGAAAUUGCGUGGUGAUUGCUCUGGUUGGGGAAGACCGCAAUUGGGAACAAACAUUGCUCCGACAAAUCUGUUGCAGAGAAAAACAAUAAGCGAAGACGAUGAUUAGCAUACUCACCCAGGAGCGGCUACUUGGAGCUACACUGGGAGUGGUAUUGACCGGCGCGGUGGUUCUGGAGCAGCGAAGAAACAUCUACUCCUCCAUCUCCAACGUCCAAUCUCAAUCUCAGGUCAGACAACCCUCAUUUGCUAAGAAAUCCCAUUCUGAAUUUGCACAUAUAUGGAACAAAGCUGUAGAUCAAACAUUUGGACCUUUGAUAAAGUCUCUCAGCUCACGUGGAUGGUAGAAAUGUUAUGAGUAAUUUUAUUUUCAAUAUUGAUGUUUCAACUUUUGUAAUUGUGAAAUCAAAACAUGCAAUACUUGCCCUCUUUUUUACCGUCACAUUCAAUUAUUUGCUAAACCGUUGUGUACACGGGCAGUUGUUUGUAGACCAAUGUACUACAAUACUCAGAUGAUGCUUCAAUAUACAGAUCAAGAUUCCUGAUUUUA